AUGGCAGCCUUUUGCGCAAGAAGUGUACGGUUCAGCACAGCAAGGCUCGCCGGCAGACAACUGAGAUGGCAGUCCUCAUACUCUCAUCUCGAGGCAGACAUGACGGCCAGGAAGAUUCGUCCAGUCUUUGAUGAUCUGACUCCCCAAAACUCCUUCAGACUCAAUGUCUCGCUGGCCGACUUCUUGCCAAACACACGUGCACCACUCACACCUCCAGCACCGAACGAUCCCCUCCCUCUGCCAAUCCCCCACCACUUACUAUACUUCGAACCUACGAAGCCUCCGUCAGACCUGCUGCCCGAUGGUACAAAUCCCGAUCAUUCGCCUGGUGACCCCUUCGUCCGCCGUAUGUGGGCUGGCGGCAGUGUUUUGUUCAACUCUGACAAUCCUCUCCUGAUGGACAACAGCCGUGCUGUGUGUGUUGAGGGCAUUCGAGACGUCGCCGUCAAGGGCAAGCCUGGUGAUGAGAAGGUCUUUGUCGGCAUUGAACGUCGCCUGGCCGCCUUGAGUCCAGACGAGGAAAAGGCCAUGGCAGACGCCAAUGGUCAGGAAGACAAGAUACUCGCUCUGGAGGACCAGAUUCGACAGAGAUUGUGGAUGCCCUCGGACGUCGACUUUGGUCCUGCCAACAUCAUCGAACGUCGCAACAUUGUCUUCAUGCGUGAGCGAACUCCCGAAGAAGCGAGACAAGCGGUUGCCGCCGCCAAAAAGCCUGGAAAGAUGUUGAAGCCUCAACACGAGCCAGACUUCCAUCACACUCUCCGCCCAGACGCACAGCUCCUGUUCCGCUACAGUGCCUUGACCUUCAAUGCCCACUCCAUUCAUUUGGACACUCAGUACUGUCAAAACGUCGAGGGCCAUAAACAUUUGCUAGUCCAUGGGCCUCUUUCUUUCACCCUCAUGUUGACCAUCUUGCAACAGCAGUCGGCCAAAGAAGGGGGUCGCGAGAAGAUCAAAUCCGUCGAGUAUAGAAACCUCGCUCCGUUGUACGCUUAUGAUCCUCUGAAGAUCUGUGGGAGAAAAUCAGAUCAUGACAAGUAUGACGUUUGGGCUGAGACUCCAGAAGGUGGUAUUGCCGUCAAGGGCUCCGUGAAGACCAAGCAGGUAUAG